AUGUCUUUUUCAGUAGUAGCAGCUCUAGUGGUUGUAGUCGUAGCAGUCGUGCUCCUGUGGACAUGGCGGAUCGUGAAAUGGGUCUGGAUAGAACCCAAGAUGCUGGAGAGUUGCCUGAGAAGACAGGGUCUCGCCGGAACUCCUUACACGCCUCUCGUCGGAGAUAUCAAGAGGAACGUUAAUAUGUUGAUGGAGUCGAGAUCUAAACCCAUCAGUAUAACGGAUGAUAUCACCCCACGUCUCCUUCCUCUCGCCUUAAAGAUGUUCAGUUCUCACGGAAAGACUUUCUUUAUAUGGAUCGGUCCAGUUCCAGCGAUCAUGAUAACGAAUCCAGAGCAGAUCAAGGAAGUCUUUAAUAAAGUUUACGACUUUGAGAAGGCUGCUACGUUCCCUUUGGUCAGACUGUUAGCAGGCGGGCUCGCCAGUUAUAAGGGAGAUAAAUGGGCGAAUCACAGGAGGAUCAUCAACCCGGCUUUUCACCUCGAGAAGAUCAAGAACAUGGUCCCUGCGUUCUACCAUUGCUGCAGGGAGGUUGUCUGCCAAUGGGAGAAGCUCUUUACGAAUAAAGAAUCGUCUUGUGAGGUCGAUGUUUGGCCUUGGCUUGUGAAUUUGACUGCGGAUGUGAUCUCACAUACUGCUUUUGGAAGCAGCUAUAAAGAAGGGCAGAGGAUAUUCCAACUCCAAGGGGAGCUAGCUGAGCUCAUCGCACAAGCUUUUAAGAAAUCUUACAUCCCUGGAUUGAGGUUUUACCCAACAAAGAGCAAUAGAAGGAUGAAAGCAAUAGACAGAGAAAUAGAUUUGAUACUGAGAGGUAUUGUGAGCAAGCGAGAGAAUGCGAGAGAAGCAGCAGCAGCGAACGAUGAUUUGUUGGGGAUACUUCUUGAAUCAAACUCUGAGGAAUCUCAAAGAUAUGGAAUGAGCGUAGAAGAAGUGAUGCAAGAGUGCAAGCUGUUUUAUUUUGCGGGACAAGAGACGACUUCAGUACUGUUGGUCUGGACCAUGGUUUUAUUAAGUCAUCACCAAGACUGGCAAGCUCGAGCUCGAGAGGAAGUGAGGCAAAUACUCGGUGAUAAUAAUAGACCGGACAUAGAUUCUCUCAGCAGCCUCAAAGUCAUGACUAUGAUCUUUAAUGAGGUCUUGAGGCUAUAUCCUCCGGUUGCUCAGCUGAAAAGAGCAGUCAACAAAGAGAUGAAGCUAGGAGAGCUUACCCUUCCAGCUGGAGUUCACGUUUAUAUACCAACUGCUCUUGUCCAUCGCGACCCCGAGCUUUGGGGCGAUGAUGCAGCGGAUUUUAAGCCGGAGAGGUUCAAAGACGGUGUCUCAAAGGCAACAAAGAACCAGGUCUGCUUCUUCCCCUUUGGAUGGGGACCGAGGAUCUGCAUCGGUCAGAGUUUUGCUCUGUUGGAGGCAAAGAUGGCAAUGGCAUUGAUUCUGCAGAGAUUCUCCUUCGAGCUCUCUCCUUCCUAUGUUCAUGCGCCUCAAACGGUCAUGACCACUCGUCCUCAGUUCGGAGCUCAUCUCAUCCUGCACAAGCUCUGA